UGCGCAGUAUGUAACUUCCUAUAUGGUGCUCAGCAGAAUCAGAAGGUGUGAGCUGCUGCUGGUAAGUACUGUGCUGUGUAUGGAAAGGAACUUCUGUGUACACCGGGGAUCAGGUGGCGAUAGUUCCUUUCAGGACAAAGUAAGGUCCUACAGAAGCUCAUAUUUACAGGUCUCUGUAAACCUUUCUCUCAAAGUAACAUGUGUUCUGGAAUCAUUGAGAAUUAUGUGGCAGCCAUGGUCCUCAGUGGAGCUGGAGAUGCGCUUGGGUACAACAAUGGCGACUGGGAAUUCUGUGAGAAGGGAUCAGAGAUUCAUGCUGAAUUGGCCGAACUAGGAGGCAUUGAGAGCAUAGAUGUAGAAAAGUGGAUAGUAAGUGAUGACACUGUCAUGCAUAUUGCCACAGCAGAAGCUUUGGUGGAGGCAGGCAAAAGCAUUGAACCUUCUCAUUUAUAUCCAUUACUGGCGAAGAAAUAUAAAGAAUGUAUGGAAGACAUGCAGGGGAGAGCACCAGGACCAACUUGCUUAAACAAUUGUGACUUGCUACAGCCUGAAAUCCCAGAUGGAUGGGUAAUCCCAUUCCACAAAGCUGCCGGAGGCUGUGGUGCAGCUAUGAGAGCUAUGUGCAUAGGAUUGAGGUUUCCAAGACCAGAACAACAAAAGGAUCUGAUACGCAUCAGUAUAGAGAGUGGCAGAAUGACACACCAUCAUCCUACAGGCUACCUUGGUUCACUGGCGGCUGCAUUGUUCACUUCCUAUGCCUUAAAUCGUAAGCCCACACAUGAGUGGGGUAAGGAAUUAUUAGACGUGUUGCCUUUGGCAAAGGAGUAUGUUAAAAGUGCUGGGCGAGAUGUGUCUCAAAAUAUGAAUGCAUGGUCUUACUUUGAAGAACAGUGGCGCUCCUACCUUGGAAAAAGGGGAAUUUUGAAUGGAACUUCUCUGCCGAUAUUUCCAGAGCAAUAUGAUGUAAAGAAAAGAGAUGAGUUUUAUGCUUCAGUAAGCUACAGUGGAUGGGGUGGAAGCAGUGGACACGAUGCACCCAUGAUAGCUUAUGAUGCAAUCCUGGGUUCUGGUGACAACUGGACAGAACUCACGCAUCGGGCAUUUUUCCAUGGUGGAGAUAGUGAUUCAACUGCAGCCAUUGCUGCUGCUUGGUUUGGUAGCAUGUAUGGUUUCAAGGGAGUCCACAAAGCCAACUACAAGAAAUUGGAAUACAGAGAGAGACUAGAAAAUCUUGGCAAGGAUCUCUACUAUCUUGUGUAGAGCAUGGGCCUCAAUUUUAAAGCAGAUUCCUUAACCCCUUAAGGACUCAGCCCAUUUUGGCCUUAAGGACUCAGACAAUUUAAUUUUUACGUUUUCAUUUUUUCCUCCUCGCCUUCUAAAAAUCAUAACUCUUUUAUAUUUGCAUCCACAGACUAGUAUGAGGGCUUGUUUUUUGCGCGACCAGUUGUCCUUUGUAAUGACAUCACUCAUUAUAUCAUAAAAUGUAUGGCGCAACCAAAAAACACUAUUUUUGUGGGGAAAUUAAAACGAAAAACGCAAUUUUGCUAAUUUUGGAAGGUUUCGUUUUCACGCCGUACAAUUUAUGGUAAAAAUUACGUGUGUUCUUUAUUCUGAGGGUCAAUACGAUUAAAAUGAUACCCAUUAUUAUAUACUUUUAUAUUAUUGUUGCGCUUAAAAAAAAUCACAAACUUUUUAACCAAAUUAGUACGUUUAUAAUCCCUUUAUUUUGAUGACCUAUAACUUUUUUAUUUUUUCGUAUAAGCGGCGGUAUGGGGGCUCAUUUUUUGCGCCAUGAUCUGUACUUUUUUUGAUACCACAUUUGCAUAUAAAAAACUUUUAAUACAUUUUUUAUAAUUUUUUUUUAAUAAAAUGUAUUAAAAAAGUAGGAAUUUUGGACUUUUAAAAAUUUUUUUCGUUCACGCCGUUCACCGUACGGGAUCAUUAACAUUUUAUUUUAAUAGUUCGGACAUUUACGCACGCGGCGAUACCAAAUAUGUCUAUAAAAAAUGUUUUUUACGGUUUUUGGGGGUAAAAUAGGAAAAAACGGACGUUUUAAUUUUUUAUUGGGGGAGGGGAUUUUUCACUUUUUUUUUACUUUUACUUUUACAUUUUUUUACAUUUUUUUUUACACUUGAAUAGUCCCCAUAGGGGACUAUUCAUAGCAAUACCAUGAUUGCUAAUACUGAUCUGUUCUAUGUAUAGGACAUAGAACAGAUCAGUAUUAUCGGUCAUCUCCUGCUCUGGUCUGCUCGAUCACAGACCAGAGCAGGA